AUGAUUAAUGAUUAUUAUGUUGGUUCUAUUUAUAGAGAUGAAUCUGGUAUUUAAACACAUAAUUUAAUAAUCUAUUCUACUUCUAGCAUUUCUCCAUCAUUAACUUAUACUUCAAUUCAACAAUUAUCAUUAAUUACAUAUAUUGACAUUCCUAAUUUUCCAUUUCUAUUUUCAGUAAAAGGAAAUUACACGUAACAUGAAUAAAUUAUAAAUUAGAGAUGACACAGCAGGAUGGGGAUUAUAAUAUGUUUAUGUAACAUCAGGAUAUUGUCCUUAAUAUUGUUAAUUGUGUGAGGUAUCAUUCAAAUGUAAGAUUUGUCAAAGUGGUUAUUUUAAAUAUAAGGACAAUACUUGCAUAAGCAAAUGCGAUUAACCAUAUCAAAAAUUAAAUGGUUCUUAUUGUUAAGAUUUUGAUGAUGAAACACCAUGUAUCAUUUUUAUUCUAUAUAUAUCUAGACUCUGAUUAUUUAACUUAUGAUUUUCUAAAUAAUACUAUCGACCCUUAUUACUAUGGUUCGUAUACACUAAUCUAUUAAAAUGGGACAAAUUUUAUCAAAGGAUCAGAUAUAUAUUAUUCAUAUUUGAAUAAUCUAAGAAUAUUUGGAGGGCCUUACAUAUGGGCAUAGGCUAAAUUUUAAAGGAUUCAUGAUAUAAUUGAUCCACAUCAUAGUAUCACAAUUGCAUUUUAUAUACUUUAUGGACCAGCAUUCCCAUCUGAUGGAUUAUUUAUAUAUACUAUUGAAAAUAAUCCACCAAUCUCUAAAUCUUGUAAUAGUUUUUAGGGUUCAAAUAAUUGA